AUGAUAUUUGUGCCUCCUGCAAGUGCAGCAGCAGCAAUUAAAGAAUGCAUCGAAGCAAAGUUGCAGCUGGCAGUUUGCAUCACUGAGGGCAUUCCGCUGCACGACAUGGCCCGCAUCAAGCUGCUGCUGCAGCAGCAGCAGCAGCAGCAGCAGCAGCAAGUCACGCGCCUCAUUGGCCCCAACUGCCCAGGCAUUAUCAAACCUGGGGAAUGCAAAAUUGGAAUUAUGCCUGGCUACAUUCACAAGAAGGGUUGUGUUGGCAUAGUGAGCCGCAGCGGCACGCUCACCUACGAGGCCGUGAGCCAAACAACUGCAGCAGGACUUGGCCAGUCCACUUGCGUGGGAAUUGGGGGCGACCCUUUCAGCGGGACCAGCUUCAAGGUAGCAGGCCCCACAGCUGCAACUUAG